AUAGCUAACUAACGUUAGCAAGCUUAGCGAGGCUAUUUGAUGUGAGCCACUAGUCUAUGACAAACAAUAGGCUACUCCAUGUACUGAUAAUUCAUGUUCUGCAAUCAAUGCGCCCUUGCAAGUGGCAUAUUUGCCGUCAAUAUAGACCUCAAUACAUAGUUAGCUAGAUGAGUUGGCUGCUUGGUGGUACUCACAAUAUGCAUUUGUUAUGUGCCAAGACUCAUUGGAUUUAACGUUACUGCAGUGAGAUGCAAGUUAGGCUUGUCAAUUAGCCUGAGGUUAGUUUGAUAAACUGUGUGGGGGUAAUUCAGGACACAAAGCACCCAUUAGGUGUUGUGGUGUAAUAACCAGUCAUUUUUACAAGCAGACAGAGAAGUUGAGUGGGUGGACUCCCUUGGUCAGUUGGUGUAGGCCAAACAUUAAACUUGGAAUCAUCUGUAGUUACACCACUAUAUCUAAUAUUACAUAACCUAUUUCCUCAGACUCUCACCAUUUUCACUGUUAUAAAAAGGACUUUAUAAAAAUCUAUUGGAUUGAUAUGCUUAAGGAGAUAGGCCUGGUCAGCUACUUGGACAUUACUAGGUCUAACCAAACUAUAUUUAAGUUGACCCUGGGUGUCACCCAGAUAGCUAGUUAAGUCGGUGUGAGAUGGAUGUAGAUAUAAAGCCAGAGGAGGAUGAGAUGGAGAUAUCCCCAGCUGUCAUUUUGUCUGACUCUUUUAAUGCAAGUUAUUCAUAUGCCGAAAAUUGGUAUGACACAACAAAAUAAAGCCUUAUUUGUGUUCCGUUAGAAGAUACAAAAUCAAGAGAUAGGGAGAUUAAAAUUAAAUCAACAACAGUUGGUGCUCCAGCUGUAAAUGUGGGUGGUAAAGGUGUUGUCCAUGUUCACACAGAACAGGAUAACCCAAGCACCCCUGUAGGGAAUUUAAUCAAAGAUAAGCCAUGUUUUUACAUAUCUCCCAAUGAUAUUCAGAUUGGAAAAGUAUGUACCUGUUCUCAGUCGCAACAUUUAGUUGCAGAAAGUGUUUCUUUGGGAGGACAAAUCAACCCAACUGCACAGAUAUUUAGCAGCUUUCAAAUACAGCCACUAAACAAUGAUCAAGUGCUGACUGAUUAUGUUAAUCUCCCAAGUCAAAGUAUUGCCAAACCGUUUCUGAUAAUUUCACCUGCAAUAGCAAGUGACAGUAAUUUAACUCCAGUGCUGCAACCAUGUCAUAUGAGGACUCACAGGCCUAUUCUUCCAGCCUAUUGUACACCAUUUACUUCUACCUCUGUUCAAGAGGAAGACUACGACGUUAAAAUUAAAAAAAGAGGGAAGAAAAUGGUCAAGGCACAAAAAGGGAGAAAAGAUGGAGAUAUGUGGCGACAUCGUGUUAAUUACUCAAAACAUAUUUCGCAAAGGUCGUCAGCUGGAAAAAAGUUGAAGGAUCCAUACUCCAACUGCAAGAAAAUUGGCUUGAAUUUCAAUGUUGGGUCUGGAUCCAAUCAGAAACUAGAUGUGCAGUUGCUGACUAAAGGUGUGAUGGUUGAGGUUUCUGAUUUUGCUAAAGAAGUUAAUAGAGCUCAGCAGCAUGUUGUCUGUGACAUUCUAGAGUACAACUUUGAUCUUGGUUUGCAAAAGCAUCAAAGGUAUGAUUUUGCGACACAUACUAUGCACAAAUUAAGAGAAUUGAUGAGAAACCGAAAAACUGUUCUAGGAACACCUCCAUUACCAAUUCAGGUUUUUACCCUUCCUGAUUCCAACACGAUAAAAGGUUCAAAAUAUGCCCUUUCAACUGCAAAGAAUUAUAACCGUGUGUCAGAAAAUCUUGAACCUGCUGACACGCUCUUAAUGGACAAAUCUCAUCUGGACAUCGUAUCCAGACUUACUCAGCAUUUCAAGACAGACAACCUGUUAACUGAGAAAGAUGUAACGCAGUGUGCUGGUGGAACGGCGUACAGCCUUGCAAGGGACCAAAACGGGCAUCUAAUGGCGUCUACAAUAUCAAAAACAAUGAAGGACCCCUAUCCCCUCUGUAAGAAAAUAGGAUUAGAACUUGAUGUGAAAUCCAAUUUUGGGGCAAAAGAGAAACGUAAUGCGGAAUUAUUGACCAACGGUGUAAUGAUUGAACUUGGCAAUUUUGCCAAAGAUGUUUGUGGAACUUACAAGCAAAUUGUCAUUGAUGUCCUAGAGCACAAUUUUGAUCUUGAUUUGCCUAUUGAGAAAACCAAGCUGUCUACCUAUAUUAUUACAAAGUUGAGACGAGUUGUUAAGAAAAUGACAUGCAUGGCACAUAGAAGGAAACCUCCAUAUUUAAAGGAAUCAUUCUCACUGGGGGUUGGCACAAGAAAGAAACCUGCAGUGAUUUCCAGUAAAAUGCAGGUCAUUAACUCAAUUGACUCAAUUGUGUGGAAAUAUCAAGGACCGAAAAAAGUAACAGAAAGAAAACGAUUCGAUUUGAGAAGGAAAAAGGGAGAAAGAGCCACUUGCAAAGUAAGAGACACGAAGGCAGAGAAAUUUCAUAGAGGUAGACGGGUCGGCCUAAUUUCUCAGUCUGUGAAGAAACAGACCAUCUCCAACGAGACUGGACUCACAUUGUCAGCUGGAAAAACGAAGGUCCCUGUCAGCAAAAUUAAAAAGGCAAACGUGAUGCCUUUUGCAGAGAAAGUGGUGAAAAACUGCUACCCCUUGUGCAAAGAAGAAGGUGUGGAACUUGAAUUGAGAUCCAAACCACCAUCCAAAACAAAACUUGACUCACAGUUACUGACUAAUGGCGUAAUGUAUGAGGUUCAUAAGUUUGCAAAAAAUACAAAAAAGGCUUAUAUGUAUACUGUCUAUGAUAUACUGGAAUAUAAUUUUGAUCUAGAUUUGCAAAAUCAGAAACGCUGUCAAUUUGCCAUACAUAUUUCAUCUAAACUGAAACGAAUGGCUAAACGGAAACAUGUCACAAAUGAAGACUUUUCAAAAGAAGUGUUUAUAAUACCGCUUGUGACUAGACAAUACAAGAAAAAAGAAGCUACUCCACCUGCAAGAUUGUCAAAAAGACAAUUGGAUUUGAAAAGGAUUACAAGAGGCAAAUGAUACAGAGGAGAAGAUGAACUAUCAGAAGAUGGUUAACAAGAGCGGUUUGAAAUAUCUGGUCGCUGAUGCAAGGACUGUAUGGUCUCUGCAUGCUGAAGAGAUCAUCUCUAUCGAAACAGAUGAAACUGUCAAGCUUGGCCAAGAUAAUGGACCCACUGACUUCUGCUUAAAGGAGUCUGACGUUCACUCUGGGGUCAUAGAGCAAACCCCAUACCCAGAGAACUACCAAGUUGACAUUUGCAGGAAAAUGAUCAAUGAAAUUGUUACGAGUGGUGAAAUGCAACAGAUGAGAUGGAUUUUUGUAACCUUUUCAAAGUGUUUUGGUGCUGGGACUGGUUCCGAAAAGAAAUUUGAACAAAUCCUCGCUGAAUACAGAUCAGACAUCCUACCACUGAUGGUUGAGAAACAUUGUGGCUUUAGUUCCACUGAAAAGACAAUGAUGUGCCUUGUAAGUCAGCUCUUCUGUGGCUUACAUUUGAUUGAUGGCUUUGCUCACCAGGCAAAAACAAGUCUUCUACUUUGGGAAAAUAUGAUUUUAGGAGAUAAGGAAGUAGGAGUCCAUAGCUCCCCUAACAUUGGGACAACAGAGUUGGAGUCUGGAACAGUGCGUUUGGUGAGUUCUGUGAGUGAUGCUGUGCAAGAGCUUGGAUGGGCAGAGGACGGUCAGCUUGUUCCGUUCGAAACCUUUUUGACCAGCAAAAAAUAAUUUGAUGAAGUUCCUUUGUCUCUAUCCAUUGGACAUAGAAUUGAUGGUCUGUUUCAUAAUUCUGCUGGGGUGUAUAGCAUCCAUGAUGAUUUGGUUGAGUUUACCAGUACGUACGGAGCUGAGAGUAGUUUGCUUGCCACAGUUGUUGCUGAUUUGGAGGUUCAACAGUUCAAGGCCGGAUGCAGAGCUCUGGGUCUGGUUUCCAAGCUUAUCAUUGAUCCUCUCUGGAGAGCCUUAACUUUGAAGGGAAACGUGUUGGAGAUGGAAGAAAGAUACCAAACCCUUGUUACCAAACUCAAGGAAUUGCAGGAAGAUGGGAGAGACCUUGUUGAAGGAAAUGCAUGCUUGUUUGAUGACAUUGAGGUACCCAAGAACCUUGUGUUUGACAGGCUUACCAUGUGGACCGACACAGACUUUUUUUGAGUUGACUGUUCAGAUUGUUGAGUUGAUCCUAGCCAGUUUUCUGAAGGUAUGUUCUAUGAUGCGUCCAGUCGAUUUAGAGCUCCUGUCACAAAAGAAUGAUCGAUUCAGAAAGGAUUUGGCAAUAUUAGAUCAAUUGCAAAAAGCUAAGUCAAAUGCAGUCAGUAUUGCCAUUGAAGGCAUGGACAUGUGCAAGAAGAAUCAGAUUUGGGAAUGGCUGUCCUUUUUGGAUGAACCAAAAAUAGUGUCAAUGAGGAGAACAUUCCAGACAGUGUAGGCAAAGGAAGAAGAAAAGCUCACUGCCACACCUGCAGAAGAAUGAAAAUGGUAAAGUAAUAGACAUGACAGACAGAGUGAGUGAGUCUUUUAUUUGUUUAUUUAUUUACUAAUGAACCACAGUAGGACUAUACAGGACAUAACCUUUUUUUAUAACAGGUUUAACUUUGUCCCUUUCAAAAAUGUUGCAUGAACGUGAUUUUCUUUCUAGCACCUUAACUUUUGUGUUCAGACUGGUGAAAGAUAAACAGCAAUGCAACCUCAGACAAUAAGUAGAUGCAAGUAUAAUAUAGUUACACUAUAUACUUAUUUUGUGAUAUAUUGUAUAGCCUAAUGAUGUUCAAACGCGGUGUCAGUGAAUGUUGAACGUCAAAUAACGCUUAUCCAUCAUCCAUGCUUCGUCUCAAUGGUUGAAUUUGCAUAUUUCCUUGGCCUUCUUUUGACGCCUGGUCUUGUUUUUGAAAAGACUAAUUGAAUGAAAAAAAAUCUAAUUUUGAAAGGAGACCAGUCAUUAUUUUAGUGUUAUUAGCUUAUUUCUGGACCAUUUUUCCCCUCACUUUUUUGUAUAACCAUUGAAUUGCCUACUUGAAUGGUCAUCUUAAAUAGAAACAAGAUGGAGAGCAAGGCUCUGAAAGUUGUCAACUUUUCCACUGUUCAAAAUUAAUCAUGCUUUAUUUUUUUUAAUACCUUUUUUUAAAAUCAUAUUUUGGUAAUCUGUUUUUGAGAGACUGUUUUAUCGCUAUAUUUUUGUUGGAGAUCAAGAUGUUUUCAUUAGGACAAAUGCACUGCAGUGCUUUUCUAUCUGCUGCAACAUUCAACGUUGCACAUUUAUGUAGACUUCAGGAAGAACAUGCUUUUAUAUAUAAACAUCAGAUAAUUUGCAAAAGGCUGAGUUCCAGGUUUGUGAUGUCCACCAUGAGAGAUUCUCAUUAAAGUUGAACCAGUGACUGACCCGCAAUUUGUUUGUGUGAAAAUCAAAGCCUGAUUCAGGUCCAAGGUGUACCAGAUCCGACCCAAAAUAUAUCCGAAAUGAGGGAGAAUCUGAUCCAGAGUCUCAGAUGGGGAGCUGGACCUCUUGAAGACCAAGCUAGACUGGCAGGCCUGUGGAUCUCUUGUUCUGGGCUACUCAGAGGUGCUGCCAGAACUGGACCUCGGCACUAUCAAUUCACAGACCACCACCUACAGCCCCUCCAUACAAACCUGCACAUAGGACAAGUGCUGGGCCUCAGUCACAACGUCAUCACUGAUGCUCUGACUGAAACUAGCCUACACCAACUGGUCUUUGCCAACUGUUCCACUAACCUACCGUAUAGUGUGCAUUGGAGUGCUUGCCUGUGAUUGAGAAAGCGUGCGAUGUAGCCUCUUCAACAACAGACUUGCAAACAGAACAUCCUUCCUGACACACAAGACAAGAGUUCUGAGGUCUUGUAAAGAGGGAUGAGAGGACUGCCAAUAGAUUAUACUGAUUCAUUACUUUGAUCAGUCCUACUUUCAACACUUCGUACUAAAAAUGUACUCUGAUUGCCCAAUUAGGCUUGCAUGGAUUUCAGUGGAGUUAAACAUGACACAUGCAGUGUCACUGUUUCGGGGCUACGAGAAGGGGUCGAGAAGGGGCUACGAGAAGGGGUCAAUUUGGAAUUCAGCACUGUCCAUGGGUUGACCGACCUGAACCUUUUUUUUUCUUAAAUGUUUUUUUUUUUUUCACAGUAUAGCUGGAAAUGUAAAGAUUGAAACAUAGUAGGGGCAUAGACCGAGGGUGGCCGAGGUGGGGCCCAAUCCCUGUUGCCAGGGGGCCCAAUCCCUGUUGCCAGGGGGCAUAUCUGGUACAGAGUCAGGGAGCUUAGACCACUACACUAGACUCCGUCACGACUGACCUGUACUUUUUACCAGAACAGAAAUACUGUGUUCAUCAGAUUCUCCUCACUGUAAAACUCAGAAUGGUUGUGAGGUCACAGGGAAAAGACUGAUCUGAGGGACCACAGACUCACAAAACAUUGUAGCUCACCUGACUGGAAAACACAGCUCUUGGUGGUGCCAAUGUCUGACAUGAAACAAAAAUGAAAACAUAACAGAUAAUUGCUCUCUACUUCCUACCACAAUCUUAUAUAUUACAUACUUAGAAUAUGAAUGUGAUUAUUCAUACACUCAUAUUAGGCCUAUUUCUCUUUGGUUGGGGUUAUUCAAUGGUUAAGUGGACUAGCUACCACUAUGGCAUUUUGAUGUUAUGGCGCCAGCGCUGGCUGGCUGAGAAGACAAGUAAAUGGGCUAAUAGUUGGCAGGGCGAUUUGGGUUUUUCCAACUUUGUAUUACCGUAUCAAAUAAUUUAAUGAAGGUAGAAAAAUAACUUUAUAUCAGUGUUAUGCAUGUUGUUCAAGCGUGUAACUGCCCUCUCAUUCGCUAGAAUGGUCCCACCUGAUCUCGCCUCCUCCCGACUUCCUUCCAUCUUUGAAGACAUGUAUUUUCAUUGUUAGAGUGGCCACUUGAGUAUCUUAUCUAUAUAAUUGUCAUGACUGUCACUCCUUGGUGAGGAUCAAAGGUGCCGGAUCAGCUAGGCCAAUGGCUGACAGCCAAACUCUCUCUCUCCUGGGGGAGUUGGCCCGGUUUUAUGAUUUAACGACCAGAUUGUAAAUACCUGGCAGAAACUCUCCCUUUGGCUCUGCAGUAUUGAAUGUCUGAGUGUUACAGAGAGACUCUUGCUAAAAACUUUAACAUCCAAAGAUUUGACAUUGGAACAUUAGUUUUGAAAUCCAAACGCUUGGAAUGGUUGGUGGGUUUAUUAUUUUGAUGGUGUAACAUUGUAACUUUAAGAGCUUUCACAAUGUAUUGAUCAGAUUUGCAUCUAAAUGUUGUAUAAAAUAAAUGAUUAAGUAUAAGAAUACUGUUGUGAAGAUAAAAUAUGAUUUUAGCCUUCUAAAUGAGAAUUGUUUUUCAUAUAAACAUUUACUAAGUCAGUAACCACGUCCACGUGAGCACAGACUUCGUGUCAGCAUGAUGGAACGCCCCUUUUUACCUAAGCAUAAAAGGACUCGUAAGGAAAUGUACAUUAGA